AUGACCGGCGGCGACGGCGGUGGCGGUGGCGGUGGAAUAAGCAGGCUGGCGGUUGCGCUGCUCUUUUAUGUAUUGUGGCGCCGCCGUGUAUUCCGCCGGAGAACUGAUCCUGCCGGCGACGUCGGCGGUGGAGAUGCUGUUUCUCAAUAUUCUUCAUCGGAGUCGAAUUCAUCCGCCGCAGCAUACUCGAAGGAGCUCCUCUAUUUCUUCUCCUUUAUCAUCGGAAACUCCAAUUCUAGCGUUGAUCUGAAUUCCGAUCGGCGAUCGGACAUCGAGGCCGCCGAUGUCGACCUGUUGAAGAUCCACGGAGUAUUUGGAGCUCCGAAAUUUCUCUUCACCGUUACAGAAAACGAUAGAGAAGUUGAAGUGGAGGAGAAGAUAGAACCUGUAGACGAGAACGGAGACUGCACGCCGUCGGAGGACUUAGCGCCGGCGACGGAGACUGAAAAUUACGGUCGUAGUUUAGAUGAAACGACGCCGUUUUCGACGCCUUGCGGUUCGCCUCUGUACUUCACCCCCACGGCUUCACCGGUUCACGAUGAAAUAAACCGCCGGUCUAGUUCAGUGUAA